AUAUUGCAAAAGAGCACUAUCUUCAACUUGAAAGUAGUUGUGCGUACUUUCAAGCUCAACAAGAGAAGGAAAAAAAACACACCGAGAGAGAGAGAGGAGAGAGAGAGAGAUGGAAAUCCAAACUGUGAUGACGAUAUUGGCGACGAUUGCGUUGGCGGGGGGAGUGGGAGUGGUGGUGCGUUUGUACAACGCGCUGGUAAAGAAGCCGGAGAGGGUUCGAGCGGUGCUAAGGAAGCAAGGGAUAAGAGGGCCACCGCCAACUUUUGUUCUAGGGAACAUUUUAGAGAUUAAGAAGGCCAUGUCAAGCCCCCCCAAAGCUACUACUAGUACUGAUCAUCAGAAUAAAACCGCCACAGAUAAUGAUCAGGAGGCGGCCCAGAUCUCCCACAUCUAUGACGCCAAUAUCUUGCCCUUCUUUGUGAACUGGAGGCAGAAAUAUGGUAAAUUGUUCACAUUCUCGCUUGGUACAAAACAAAUAAUACACGUAAACCGGACGGACAUAGUGAAAGAGAUAACGAGAAUCACAUCCUUAAACCUGGGAAGGCCUUCCUACCACAGGAAGGAGUUGGGUCCUCUUUUUGGCGAAGGUAUCUUGACCUCCAAUGGCCCUACCUGGCAAUACCAGAAGAAAAUUCUCGCUCCAGAGCUACACAUGGACAAAGUCAAGGGAAUGACAAGCCUAGUUUGGGAUUCGGCAACUGGGCUGCUGGACUUGUGGAAGACUAAAGUUGAGGCUGCGGGUGGGAUUGCAGACUUACACGUUGACCAGGAUUUGCUGGAUUUCUCAGGAGACGUUAUAUCAAGAGCUUGUUUUGGGAGCAAUUACUCCAAGGGACAAGAUAUCUUUUGCAAGCUCAAUAAUCUCAAGGAUGCCAUGGCCAAGAAAAUUUUCUCCAUCGGGGUUCCUGGUUUAAGCAAUCUUCCAACAAAGAACAACAGGGAAAUAUGGGGGCUGGUAAAAGAGAUCCACACAUUGAUAGUAAAAGUGGUGAAGGAGAGGAAGGAAUCCGAUCAAGACCACAAGGACCUGCUGCAGACUGUUCUUGAAGGGGCCGAAAAUGCGGAAAUGAGCCGAGAUGCGAAGGAGCAGUUCAUCGUUGACAACUGCAAGAACAUCUACCUGGCCGCCCAGGAGACGGUGGCGAUCACCGCCGCGUGGUGCCUCGUGCUCUUGGCUUCCAACCCUGAAUGGCAAGCUCGGGUGCGCGCCGAGGUUGUCGAAACCUGGGGAGGACAGAUUCCGGAUUCUGAGAUGCUUCGGAAAGUAAAGCUGAUGACCAUGGUGAUACAAGAAACCUUGCGUCUCUACCCGCCGGGCGCGGCUUUGUCAAGGGAAGCCCUAAAGGACGUGAACAUAGGAGGCAUCAUCGACGUGCCCGAAGGAGUGAACGUCUGGACCAUGGUGAUGAAACUACACACCGACCCGGAGACCUGGGGGCCCGACUCCCACGAGUUCAACCCGGACAGGUUUGCCAACGGGAUCUCGGCCGCGUGCAAGGUGCCCCAGUCGUACCUGCCGUUCGGGUUCGGGCCGCGGGUUUGCCUGGGCCAAAACCUGGCCAUGCUCGAGCUCAAGGUGAUCGUGGGCAUCAUUGUCUCCAACUUCUCUCUCAGCCUUUCCCCUAAAUACGUCCACUCCCCAGUUAUGAAGUUUGUUAUAGAGCCUAAACAUGGAAUCAACCUCUUGGUAAAGAAGCUCUGAUUAAGCUCGAGGUUUUAUUAUUCAUGUUUUUUUUUGCCAGUCGGUUUCUUUAUUAUGCGAGUUUUCUAGUUGAUCUAGGUCUCUCAGCCACAAAAGUCUUGUAGCCUAUAUAAAGGCAUGAUAGGGUCAUAUUUUAGAUAAAUACAAUCAAUAAUACAUCAAUGAAAGCAAGCUUCGAUCUCGUCAA